CGUUAUCCCACUGCAGGUGGCCGGACAGCGCGGAUGCUCUGGUACCCAAGGAUGCUCCGGUACCCGCGGUGCCGCCGAGGCUGAAGGCUCCCCGCUCGCUGCCUCCUCUUCCUCGGGUGCAGCCUGCUAAUGAACUCUCCCUCUGCCCUGACCAUGAAAGACAGAGGACACCUCAGAUAGCCGCAUGGCUUGCAGCUGAAAGCUUGGGGAACCUGAAGCUCAGUCUCCAAAAGGCAGUCGGACAGAAAUCCUCACCUGCGAGUGCCUCGCCACCGCCGCAAGACACAGAGGGAGAAGCAGCAAGACCAGCACUGCUCCUGUCAACCCCCUGACCACCCAGCAUCCUGGAGCACUGCGCAUCUCGCCACCCAACGCAUUUACAUUGGCGGAACCAUCCUUUGGGAGAAAGGAAUUUUAGCUCCAAAGAGUCUCUCUUGUCAGAGUUGUACUGAUGUUCAAAUGCUAUAUUUAUUUUAUGUAUUAAUGUUCAAAAGCCCCAAUAAUUAUUUAAGGCGAACCACAGUUUAAGGCACCUUCCACAGCGACGCAUUUGCAGCAGACAAGAAGGUUAAGAAAACCUGAUCCAGCACCAUCUCACGGCCUCUCCAAUUUACUCCUAUCAAAUUUCAUCAGCGACUCAGAACUUGAUCUUUCUAUUGAUUGACUGGAGUCACCUCUAGAUAUUUUCAUGCUGAUUUGGAAGCCCUUUCAUACAAUAAAAAGGGGGAAAAAUGAGGUUAAGGAAGACUUUUGACCACUGAUCAACAACUCCAGCCAAAACUUUCCCAAUCAAGUGAUUUGCAACGUUAGCUUCUGAGCCGAGUGAAACUUUCCACAUCCCAGUCCAGCGUGCAUUCCUGCUAUCAACUGGAUCUCCUUCAACUGGAUCAUUUUUAGAUGAGGAGUUUCCAUGCUGAUCCCGAGAGGAACCCCUAGUCCAGUAGCUGCCUUCCUCGGGACUCCCGGCGCUGCCCUCGCCCAGGGAUCCCACACUUGGCCGCAGCUGCCAUGCUCUACCUGGUUGCUCUCCUCUUGCACUGUCUCCCCUUGGUCAUGGGACAGUAUGACAUUUGCAAGUCCUGGGUGACCACAGACGAUGGACCAUCAUGGGAGUUUUAUGCUUGUCAACCCAAGGCCAUGCGGAUGAAGGGUUACGUGACUGUGCGGGUGGAUCCAGCAGGAAUCACUUGUGGGGACCCGCCGGAGAGAUUCUGCACCCAUGAGAACCCGUACCUGUGCAGCGACGAGUGUGACGCCUCCAACCCAGACCUGGCCCACCCGCCAAAGCUCAUGUUUGACAGCGAGGAUGAUGGGCUGGCCACGUACUGGCAAAGUGUGACGUGGCGCCGCUACCCAGAGCCGCUGCUGGCCAACAUCACGCUGUCCUGGAACAAGAGCAUCGAGCUGACAGAUGACAUCGUAAUAACCUUCGAGUACGGCCGACCCACCAUCAUGAUGCUGGAGAAGUCGCUGGACAAUGGGAGGACUUGGCACCCAUACCAAUAUUAUGCAGAUGACUGCAUGGAGGCCUUCAGCAUGCCAGCACGGAGGGUCCGGGACCUCUCCACCACCAGUGCCAACAGGGUCCUCUGCACGGAGGAGUAUUCCCGCUGGGCGGGUUCCAAAAAAGAGAAGACCGUCCGAUUCGAGGUGAGGGACCGCUUUGCUAUCUUUGCUGGCCCUGAGCUCAAGAACAUGGACAACUUGUACACCCGGCUGGAGAGCGCCAAAGGACUCAAGGACUUCUUCACCGUGACCGACCUGCGGAUGAGGCUGCUGAGACCUGCCCUGGGGGGCACCUACGUGCAGAGGGAGAAUUUGUAUAAGUACUUCUAUGCCGUCUCCAACAUUGAAGUCACUGGCAGGUGUAAAUGCAACCUCCACGCUAACCUGUGCACCUUCAAAGAAGGCAGCCUUCAGUGCGAGUGUGAGCACAACACCACAGGGCAGGACUGCGGCAAAUGCAAGAAGAACUUUCGCUCCAGGUCUUGGCGAGCAGGAUCCUACCUGCCUCUACCCAAUGGUUCCCCCAAUGCAUGUGCAGCUGCAGGCUCAGCCUUUGGCACGUAUGAGCGACCGCAGCGGGUUACCACUGCAAAAACCACCUCUGCAAAAACCACCACCACUACCACAACGCCCACCACCACCACCUCAACCACCACCACCACAACCACCACCGCGCCCCUACCUGCCACCACCACCCAACCAGCAAGCAUCAUCACACCAGCCUCCGAGUUUGCUGCCUCUGUGCCCGUGAGAGAAACACAGAAAAAAACAGACUACAGCGGCUUGUCAGCUGCCGCCCCCCUGCAAGUGGGCUCCCCCUCAGCCAAGGCUGGCCCCGGAGCAGAAGCUGUUGAGCGCCCACCAAACGCAGCAGCACUUGGACCCACGCUGAAGCCACCAGACCCUCCUGAGAAUGUUCGAGCAGCUCCGAAGAGCAAAGCAGGGCGCACAGCACACUCUGCAGGCAAGAGGCACGGGAAGAAGCCAGCAUCCUCAAAGAGCUCAAAACUCAUCCGGCUCAAACCAGACUCUGGUCCAGUGGCUCCUAUUGAAACAUAUAAAGACUGCGAGUGCUACGGACACUCCAACCGCUGCAGCUACAUCGACUUCUUGAACGUGGUGACCUGUGUGAGCUGCAAGCACAACACAAGGGGCCAACACUGCCAGCACUGCCGCCUGGGCUUCUACCGCAACAGCUCGGCGGAGCUGGAUGACGAGAAUGUAUGCAUAGAAUGUAACUGCAACCAGAUCGGCUCCCUGCACGACCGCUGCAACGAGACCGGCUACUGUGAAUGCAAAGAAGGUGCCACGGGGCCCAAGUGCGACGACUGCUUGCCCAACUACUACUGGAGACAGGGCUGCUACCCCAACGUCUGCGACGAUGAGCUCCUGCUCUGCCAGAACGGCGGCACGUGCUACCAGAACCAGCGCUGCAUUUGCCCUGUGGGCUUCAAGGGGGUCCUGUGCCAGCAAUCCAGGUGCGAAGCCGACAAAAAGGACUGUGAUGGUGUCCCCAGCACGCACAGCAGCGUCAGUGCCAUCCUCCUCGGAGUGCUCGCCCUCCAGCUGUGCGGCUGGGUGGACCUCUGAAGCCGCAGAGCAGGGAGCUCAGCCCAGGCACGUCACCCGAGGGACCUGGGGUGACUAAGGUAAUGGGUGGCUCUCCCCACUGUCUCCUCCGCCUUCCUUCACGCUAGGACUUGCACAACGUCUUCUGGUCCACUUUCCAAGCAGAGAGGUAUGCAGAAAAUCAGGGGCUGACUCCUGCCCACGAACCCAUCCUGGCAGCCGCCGGGGUGGCCGCAGCGCAGAGCCGGCUGCCGAGCAGCAGCGUGGGGACUGCACCAGCCGGAGCUGGGGUCAUGGUCCCACAGCCCGUGCCGUGGGACCUCCGUGCAGUGACUCUCCUUCCGCACAGGGCAACCUGGGGCCAGGGGGGCCCUGGUGAAAUAGUGCCGCGAUCCAAGGGAUAUUUUUUUUAUUAUUACUUUAUUUACUUUGGUAUAGGCUGGGGUGUUCUUUUUAUUUUUCCUUUUCUUAGUAUUCUGUUUCGGAAGAGCCUCUCAUGACAACUCCAGAGCCCCAUAAAGCAACAGGCAGGGGAAGAGGAAGGAGGGAAGGGGGGAAUCUGGUCCAUCCUUGCUGCAUAGUCCCACGUCCCACCAUUGGUCUGGCCGGGCCACACAAAUACCAUUGCCUACAACUCUAGUUGCUGCAUUGAUUUUGUAUUUUCAUCACUGGGAUUUGUUUUCUUGCAAUUACAGAGGACGCAGGGGCCAUUAGGCAUUGGUACAUGAGGAGUGCAGUGUCUUAUCCAUACAUUUCUGUAUAGUGUACGGUUCAAAUAUCUUUUUUUUUUUUUUUAGUAGAGACUUAUUUUUGUUUGGAUUAAAUGUUAUAAAAGAACCACAAGUGAAAGGGACAUUUCUCCAUGAGCAUUUGAUUCUGGUGUAUCCUCCUCCAGUAAAGCAAGUAUCAGUUGCUGCCUGAUCACCACGUUUUCCUUUUUGUGUGCACAGUUAAUUACAGGUAAAGACUUAUUUUUUGAUUCUUAAUGUCCUCUUGUGUUUUCUGAGUCACUACCAAGGUGCACCACAUGGUGAGGGAGAAGGGAGGGAGAGAGAGGUUGCCUCGUCACUGAGAGCUGUUAAUUAUUUCUCCUAAUUACUUUGCUGAACCUAGGUUAGACUACUAACUGUAGACAAUGAGCAAAGCCUGAGUGAUGUAUUAAGCAUAAGGCCAUUUUAAAAUGAGUUUGCAGCAGGAGAAGGCUGGAUAGCCCAAGGAUGCUUCUCCAGGGGGACCUCAUGUCGAACCCCAUUGCAGCACCUCAUAGAGCUGGUGCCAUGAUGCACCUUUGCAUAAAAGAACUGUUUAUAUCGAAUACCUUUAAGCAGACAGAAUCUGGGCCUUCAGUGUAGAGCUCAUAGGAAUUAGAUCAACUCAUUUAAGGCUUAUAAACAUGCCGCUGUUGGGAAGCAUUUGCAGUCAAGCCAGGAGAAACCGGAGAGAAGAAAUUAUGUAUCAUCUCAGGCAGAACAAUGGGAAUGUCAUGAACACAGAGCUUUAAUUUUGUAAUGUCUAAAGAUUUACCAAACCAGGAGCUGACUGAGUGGAGGAUUAGAAGAUGGGAGACACCUCCUACCUCCAGCACAUUCAGUUCUGGGCUAGUUCUCUUGACAAGGGAGCAACCCCAGCUCUUACCCAGCCUGGUUGCCCCCUGAGCCAGCCCAGGAGACCCACACAAUCCAACCUUGAGCCACCAAUGGCAUUUCUAGGUCUGGUGUCCUUGCCAGAGCGCUAGUCCAAGAGCUUCCCUAUCAAUAUCUUCUCUGUUUCAACACUUGGUCUCUGUGGUCCUGUCCCUACAGCCCAUCCUGCUCAGCUGGGGCCUUUGCUGGGAGCAGCCCAAGUUUCAAAAGAGCAGGAGCCUGUAAGAUCUUCCAGCCUGACGUUACAGAUAGUGCAUACGCAGCCAGUGCUCCUGAAAUGCAGCCGUCCCCAAGAAGAGGGAGCAAUGAACCCGUACUAGGAGAAAGGAGAAGAAAAUGGGAACAGAGGUGCAGGAUGGUUAUUGUCACAUCAAAGAGCAACACAAAUCUGAUGCAUGUUUUGAGCAGUAUUUAGCACCACAGAGGCAGGUCACGCCGCUUAGUUAAUCCACCAUAAAAUAAACGAGGGUUAAACUCACCCUGCUGAGAUGUGCUCUUUGAGGGAGUGGGCUCGCACGAUGCCUCCCUUUCCAUAAUGCAGUCGGUUGUUGUCUGUUGUUAUUGACACUCGCUCUUGACUGCAAUAUAUUUAAAAUCCUUAUACGUUACUGUCCUUAAAAGUAAUAGCAUAGAACAAACUGUAACAAGAUCAAGAUCUCUAAUGGCACUUCUGGAAGGUGAAGCAACAUUCUCCUUUCCCUGCGCUACUGUUUUUCUCUAGAAUAUUGGAUUAAGCAACAGAAAAUUUACUACUUCAUAAAACCAUAUCCCAGACAAAUUCUGCACCCAGCAGCUCCCCUGCAAACACACUUUUAUUGCGAUGCAAGCAGGAACGUGCCCAGCAGCACUGAAUUCACAUGGAAAAUAACCUGAGAAGAGCACAACAAAGCUCAGAACAACCCCAGAGAGAAGACUGCUGAAGGUGGUACGCCACUGCACUAGGCCUUUCUAGGUUUGGAGGAUUUUCUCUUGGUUGAUUGGGUGUUGAUUGAUUAGUUUGGGGGUCUUGUUUGUUUGUUUUUAAGACAAGACAUCACUGGCUUCUGAACUCAUCUCAUGGUGGUACCUCCCUAUGGAACCAGGAUACCAUUAAUGUUCGGUCCUGGACCUUCUUUAACCAAAGCCCAAUGAAUAGUUCUGUACCAUCAAUGAGACAGGCAGUUGUGGUUCUAAACCUCCUGCAGCUAUGCUAAAGGACACCUGAAUAACUCUGAAGAUGAUGAGUGGGCAACAAAACCAAACCAAAACACAAGUCCACCUUCCACACCACUUAUACCAUUCUUAGGCUCUUACCAGUCAU